AUGGCGCGGCCGUUGAACAUGGACACGCUGCAGCAGAACUUCUGGAAGGAGGAGUACCUGAAGGAGGUGAUGCUGCGCUUCGGCUGGCACCGCAAGUACGGGGCCCUCGUCAAAGCCAAGCAGGAGAGCCAGCGGGAGCGCCACAAAAGGGGCGUGGGGGCCACCCUCCAGCUCCCCUCCGUCCAGGCCCCCCCGCCCGUGAAGCCCAGCUCCCCUCCCCAGGCGCCGGCCCCCGGGAGGCUGCCCCGGGAGCGCGACCUGACCGGGCUGGACGCCACGAUCCUGGAAGCGGAGAUGCGGCCGGCGCCCCGGGAGGUGCGUGCCCUGCUGUACCAGGGCAUCUCCCACGAGAACGAAGGCCGCUCCUGCUACCUGAAGACCCGCCUCCUCCUCCCGCCGGAGGACAAGUACACCUUUCCCGUCACCACCAACUUCAACUACGGCUGGCAGAUGGGGAAGAUGGCCGGCGCCCACGUGGCCCCCACACCCAAGACCCGCAUCGAGAGCUUCUUCCGCAAGAACGGGGCUUUCUCCCUGCUGAACCCACGGGACGUGGCCCUUUGA